AUGAUGCUGUACUUACAGAUAGAUGGGGACAUCAUAGCACCUACCGGUGUGGCUGCCUGGCCCAAAUCAAAUCUCUUCCAAUGGAUGAACUUGAAGUGGCUUAAUGAUUUCACCAUCCAAGGACGUGGCACAUUUGAUGGUCAAGGCUCUACAUUCUGGAAUUUCUCUCAAAGCCGACACACACAGGCAGUGAGAUUCUACAAGAGUUACAAUGUCACAGUUCGUGGUGUCCAAAUCAUCAAUAGCCCUCAAUGCCACCUGAAGUUUGAUAGCUCUCAGGGUAUCAAAGUGAAAAACAUCACCAUCUCUUCUCCCGAAGAUAGCCCCAACACUGAUGGCAUUCACCUUCAAAACACACAUGAUGUUGAAAUCAAGCAUUCUAACAUUGGAUGUGGUGAUGAUUGUGUAUCAAUACAAACUGGAUGCUCAAAUAUUCACAUACACCAUAUCAACUGCAGCCCAGGCCAUGGAAUCAGGUCAAGGACAAACAAGACUCGCAUAGGAGGACUCGGGAAAGGCAAUAGCCUAGCCUGUGUCUCCAAUGUCACUGUUGAUAGCAUCAAUGUUCAAAAUGCUCUGUCUGGAGUAAGGAUCAAAACAUGGCAGGGAGGUCUAGGAUCUGUCAGGAAUGUCAUAUUUUCCGAUGUUCGAGUCUCCAAUGUUGAGAUCCCAGUUGUGAUUGAUCAGUAUUACUGCAACAAGAAGGCAUGCAAGAACAAGACUGAUGCAGUGGCUGUUUCAGGAGUCAUGUACAAAAGGAUAACCGGGACAUAUUCAUACCAACCAAUGCAUCUUGCUUGCAGUGACAGCAGUCCAUGCACGGGCAUCAAAUUGACUGAUAUCCGGCUAUCACCAGUUAAUGCAUCUCAAUUUCAGCAGGACGCCUUCUGCUGGAAGUCAUAUGGGGAGUCACAAGGUCCUCUUGAGCCUUUAAGCAUUGGUUGCUUGCAAAGGACCAGUAGGUCCAUCAAGCCCCUAAUAAAGUCAUCCAAUCACACUUGCUAG